ACAUUCUUUGCCACGCAUUUCUCCUCACACCGACCAUUAAACCAGUUUCGACACAUAAACCAUCAAAUUUCAUGGUAAUCUCAAAAAGUCUCCCUGAAGACAAGGAGUCCAAAAGAGUUCUUUGGGCUUUGAAAUCAAGAGGUUUCAAUGUUCACUUCGCACAUCCUCAGCUUGAAAGACAAGUAUCAGACCAGAUGUUUCAUAAUCCAGCCAUACUAAGUUACUGGACAUAUCUAUUAGGAAAUGAUUCGACAACUAUUGGUCGUACAGACCCUGAUAACAAACAAGAUUUCUCCCAGCCUAUCACACCUUCCUCAGAGGCUAAGACAUGCGUCUUCUGGGACCUGGUGGAAUGCCCAUUCCCAAAUGAUCUUGAUCCUGAAACAAUCUUUCAGAGAAUUAAAUCGACUCUUGAGGAAAACGGUUAUCGAGGUGGGAUAUCAAUAUGGGCUUAUGCUGAGAAGAUACCGUUCUCGGAUGACGUGCUGGACAAGUAUCAGAAAGCCAGAAUCUAUUUCGUUCCCGAAGUUCCUGGGGAUAAAAUUGCGAGAUUUCUUAGGAUGUCACAUGACAUUCGAUUAUGGGAAAUGGACACUUAUCCUGUGUUCGGUGUAGAGACAAAUGUGAUCGUAAUCUCAAAUGACAUCAACACCCAAGGAAAAUAUAUUAACUUCUCCCACUAUCUUAUUGGCAUGCAAGGGAGAUAUUACUCUGCUUUCUUAGUACAGCCUAAGUGUAUCGAUCCCGAAUCCUCAGAUUGGCCAAGAUCUUUAUUCGAUAGAAGAUUUUCUGUCGGCCCAACCAGAUGCGGACCAUUUAAUAAGCGGUGGAGGAAGAAGGUGAAGAAACAGAAGGCAGUGGAAGUGCCAAAAGUUUCUCCCGUUGAAAUCAUGAACAAUCAACAACUCUCUCCCGUUGAUACCAUAAAAAACCUUGAUUUCUCCAAGCCUCUCCCACCUGUCUCAGGGCCUAGGGUAGGCGUCUUCUGGGACAUCAAGGAUUUCCCAUUCCCUAAUGAUCUUGAUCCUGAACUUCUCUAUAAGAGAUUCGAAUUGCUUCUUGAUGCUAAAGAUUAUUAUGGUGAGAUGUCAAUAUGGGCCUAUGCUGAGAAGAUACCGUUCUCGGAUGACGUGCUGGAUAAGUUUCAGAAAGCCAAAAUCUAUUUCCUUCCCAAAGUUCCUGGGAAUAAAAUUGAGAGAGUUCAAAUGAUGGUAAACGACAUGUUUUUAUGGAAAAUAGACACUCCUUGCAAGUAUGUUGUACCACCAAGUGUGAUUGUCAUCUCAAAUGAAAUUCAAGGAUGCGUCAACCUCACCCUUGGUCUUACCUGUAUGCAUGCCAGACUUGUCAAUGCUUUCUUAGUAGAGCCUAAGAAGCUUACAACAGACGAUCACAAAAGCUUAGCAGUAUGGCCUGGACGCCUAUUCGAUGAAGGGGUGAUUAUCCAUAAGUUUUUAUAUCCCUCUGCUAGUCCGCCGAAACUGCGUAAGAAACAGAAGGUUAUAUCUGAUUCUGAGGACUAGUAUAGCUUCUUUUGUGGUGUGCCCAGUCGCAGAGAUCAUGACCCUUGUUAUUACCACCAGCAUAUUACUACGAAUAACAUUGAGUAAUUUGA